GCCCAUAAUGCUCGGAUGACGCGAGAGAAAGAGGGGAUCAUCGUAGAAGAAGAGGAAAGUGUAAUCCCGCACUUCAGUGACAGAAGAGAAGCCAUUGGAUGCGUAAGAAGAAGCCUUGCUAAGUUACAAUACAUUCUUGCUGGCUGCCACCAGACUCGUCUGCUGCCAUCGAUGGAUACCAGGACCUGGUGCCUCUGUCGUCAACGGAAUGUUGUUGGUUCUCUGUGUUCGAAAUGUUCGGGGAGUGAAGAGCAACCACCCGACGAAAACGGCGCAAUGUUAACCCCUGAAGAACAGGCGCAGCAGCUUCAGUCCACGACAGCCAAGGAGCCUCCUCGGAAGAAGGCCGCGUCCGAUUUCCUGUAUUCGGUUGAGGACAAUCCUCCGUGGUAUGCCUGCAUCAUCUAUAGCCUGCAGCACUAUCUGUCGAUGGUCGCGGGAACCAUUUCCAUACCGAUAAUCCUCUCCUCUUACCUCUGCCUCGACGAGGACAACCCAGCCAAAGGCCAUUUGGUCUCGACCAUCAUCUUCAUGUCUGGCCUCAUCACCCUGCUACAGGCAACGUUUGGCGUCAGGUUACCGAUUAUACAGGGAGGGAACUUUGUCUACGUGAUUCCUCUGAUAGCCCUGCUGACGACGAACUACGAGUCCUGCAGCGCCCUUCCUUUGGCCAACAUGACCAGGGACGAGAGAGAAGAAAUCUGGCUGGUCCGAAUGCGAGAAACCCAAGGAGCCAUUGCCCUUUCUGCUCUGGUUCAAAUCUUCGUAGGGUUCACCGGUCUUAUAGGAUUACUGCUGGCCUGGAUAACUCCUCUGACUAUCAUACCGACAGUGGCAUUAGUAGGACUGUCCCUAGCUGACGUCGCUUCAUCACAGGGAUCUGGCCACUGGGGUAUCUUUUUCCUGACACUCGUCCUGUCAAUCAUAUUCUCGCAACACAUGAAAGAGAUCACUGUCUCCGUGCCAGUCUACAAGCGGCGAAAGGGAUUCUCUUUCUACCAUUGCCAGCCUUUCAAAACAUUACCGCUCCUGCUCUCGGUAAUCAUCUCCUGGAGCCUGUGCGCCCUGCUCUCUGCCUUCAACCUCUUCCCUGAGGGGUCACCUGCCAGGACUGAAAGGACUUACGCCAUGGUCAGAGAGGCGCCUUGGGUUUCGUUCCCUUAUCCAGGGCAGUGGGGGGUACCCACAGCUAGCGUAGCAGGAGUCAUUGGCAUGCUAGCGGCGGUAUUCUCUUCAAUCGUUGAGAGCAUCGGAGAUUAUUACGCAUGCGCGAGAGUAGUAGGAGCUCCCAUGCCCCCCACCCAUGCCAUAAACAGGGGAAUCGGAGUUGAGGGUAUUGGCUGCAUGCUGGCAGGUCUUUGGGGCACAACGAGUGGAACGACGUCUUACUCGGGCAACAUUGGCAUCCUGGGUAUCACCAAAGUCGGAAGCCGCCGCGUCAUUCAGUACUCGGCAGUCAUCAUGAUGAUCUGCGGCGUCUUCGGCAAGAUCGGGGCCUUCUUCGUCACCGUGCCUGAGCCCAUCAUUGCUGCGGUGUUCACCAUCAAGUUCUCCAUGAUCACAGCCGUCGGACUGUCUUCUGCCCAGUUCAUCGAUCUAUCUUCGUCCAGGAAUCUCUUCGUCCUGGGAUUCUCCAUCUUCUUUGGCCUCUCCUUUCCGAAGUGGGCCAUGGAGAACCCUUCUUUCAUGCAGACGGGGUAUUCUCUUCUGGAUCAAACGGUGUCUGUCCUCCUGCAGACGUCAAUGUUUGUGGGCGGUUCAAUCGGUUUGAUUCUAGACAACACAAUUCCUGGCACGGACGAAGAGAGGGGUCUAGUGCAGUGGGAAAAGCAGCUGAAUUUAGGGGGUGGACCCACAUCUGCAGAAAGCACCUCUUGUUACGACUUGCCUUUUGGAAUGGGUGCUGUUAAAAAGCUAACCUUUGCGCGAUAUCUACCAUUCCUUCCAGCGUUCCAAGGCUUUAGCAGGAAGUCUACAACUUCAGAACCAAUGUGUUAAAAGGAAUGGUAUUACAAGAGACAGGAGUCCUUCAGAGCCCAUUGAUUUUAUAUAUAUAUAUAUUUGUGUGUGUAUAAUUUUCUAA